AUGGCGCUCCCAACAAACGGACGAGUGGUAAUUGACACGACUGCAGGUGAAAUCGAAAUCGAGCUAUGGUCAAAGGAAACACCAAAAACAUGCCGGAACUUCAUCGCACUCGCGCUAGAAGGUUAUUAUGAUGGCGUUAUCUUUCAUAGAAUCGUACCGGGUUUCCUAGUCCAAACCGGCGACAAAACAGGGACGGGCGGAGGAGGGGAGUCAUUCUAUGGAGAACCAUUCGAGGACGAAAUCCACCCGCGAUUGCGAUAUGCUCACCGUGGGCUUGUCGCUAUGGCCAACAAUGGGACGAAGAACUCUAAUGAUUCCCAGUUCUUCAUUACCCUCGACAGAGCGGAUGAAUUGCACGGCAAACAUACUUUGUUCGGGAGGGUAAUGGGGGACACCGUAUAUAACGUCAUGAAAAUUGGAGAGAUGGAAAUUGGCGAAAAUGAACGACCCGUGUAUCCACCCAAAAUCAAAUCGAUAAGAAUAAUCGACAACCCAUUCCCAGACAUCAUACCCCGAAUCACUGCUGCCGAGAAGCGUGCCCAGCAGCGAGCUCGAGAAGCUGGUCAACGUGAACGAGAAGAGGCCGAACGACGGAGAGGUGCCAAAAAGGAUGUAAAGCUUUUGAGCUUUGGGGAAGAGCAAGAUAGCGAAACGGAGCCUGUAGCGUUCAAGAAGAAAAAUAUUGCACGGCCCGACUUGGUCGACAAUCCUAACGCCACGGGCAUUCCGAUGCCAGAAUCUCUCCUCGGUCAUCCGAAGAAAUCCAACGAACCACCUCGAGAACGUGCAUCUGAGAAGGAACCAUCCAAGGUACAUACUAAACCUUCAAAAAGUAGUAAAUCCGAGGGUGCAGAUAAGGAUAUCAAGAAAAUCCGUGAAACACACGCGAAAGAGAAGGCUUCCGGAAGUGACGCCCGACGCACUGAAAUCGAGCAGAUGGAGAGCGAGAUCCGCAGACUGACGCGCAAACGAGAAGGUGGUGAGGAUAGCGACGAGGAAGCUGCACGGAAGAAGACAAAACCGACGAAGUCCUAUCUCGAGGAAGAACUUGCCAAGUACUCCAAGGGGCGGGGAUUGCAGAAGAAAGGGAAGGGAAGGAAGGAUGAGGGCGAUGUCCUAGCUGCUUUGAAUAGCUUUAGGGGAUUGUUACAGUCAAACGCGAACCUGGAGAUGGAGGACGUUGUAGAGGAGGAAGAUCAUGUGGACGGCAAUGAAGGCGGAACCGUUCCUGGUGGAGAAGAUCCGGGUAUAGAAGUGGAUGACGACCGCGGAUUCAUUGGCCACGCUCUGCACUUCCCGAAGGACGAUGGGGAAGAAACGAGGAAGGCUGAGAGAGAUUAUGAGGUUAUCGAUCCUCGUCAACGUGGUGCGAGAGCACGGGAAGAGGAGCGGGAGAGGAAACGAACUGCGAUGAAAGGAAAGAAUGGGCGUGGCCGUCGGUAAUUUCCCAUCCUUUGCAGCUUCCUUUGUGCUCCAGAGCUCGUAGUGUACUGGCGCGAUUGGACCAUCUUUACGUACCUGAUAUCAUCUAAUCUUAUCACCAAUUCAAACGCGCACAUAACGCGUCUGACGCGACUUUACAAGAGCACUCAUGUCAAGCUCAAAGCGUGGUGCAUUCAUUGUCAUCGAGGGACUGGACAGAUCAGGAAAAAGUACUCAAGCCUCUCUCCUCCACGACCGUCUGCAGGACCGGCAAGAUGCAGGGGCUACAACACCAAAGGUAG